AUGGAUACGCUUCAACGAUACCUCGACAGCACGAAUGACAUGUUACAAGACGUAUGCAUCAAGGUGCUUAGUAAAGGAAGGAUACCUCGUCAUAUCGGUUUCAUUUUGGACGGCAAUCGACGAUUCGCUCGCAAAGCAGGUGCAGAAAGCACAAAGUUUGGACAUUACGAAGGAUUUCGACAACUGCAAAUGGUGCUUGACUUUUGCAUGCGAUUGGGCAUUGAAGCUGUUACAGUCUAUGCAUUCAGCAUUGAGAACUUUAAGCGAUCGGCAGAUGAGGUGGAUUACCUUAUGCAACUCUUUCGUGAGGUGUUUACCAGCUUUUGCGACAAAAAUGAGCUUGUCGACAAGUAUGAAAUUGGUAUCCAUUUUUGCGGCAAUCGAUCAUUGCUUCCACCCGAUGUGGCAGAACUCACUCGCAAAGUUGAAGCAAGGACACAACAUCACAAGACCCGGAUAUUCAACAUCUGCUGCCCAUACACAUCCCGAGAUGAAAUUACGACUGCCAUACGUGAAAACGUACGAUCGGUGGAGCAAAAACAAAGGUCGAUAGAGGAUAUCAACAAAGAGACACUUGAAAGCCAAAUGUUCACGUCGGCAAGUCCACCAUUGGAGAUACUCAUUCGGACAUCAGGAGAGAUUCGCUUGUCAGAUUUCUUAUUGUGGCAGUCAUCCGACCAAUGUCAAAUUCAAUUCGUCGAGUGCUAUUGGCCAGAGUUUUCAUUGUGGAAGUUCUUACCGAUCUUGCUGGAGUAUCAAAUCUAUGCUGGUUCAACAACGACAACAACGCGGUGA